CACAUAUGUCGAAUCUGUGGUUCGACUUGUGUCCACAUCAUCUUCGGUAAAAUGGCCUCGUUAUAAGUGAAUUCAAAAUGAACGAUCAACUUAUUUCUCAGUUUUUCCUCUUCGAUUUCCUUAUUUCAAUCACUUGAUUCAACAGUUUACUAUUGUUAUUACUUUUUCGAACCAGCAAUUUUGGAUUAAUUGUUGUUCAACUUGUUGAUUGUCGAUUCAUGAUCAUGUUUAUCUCCAUUUUCGAGCUAAUUAAGUGUUAAUCAACCAUUGGAAAAUGUUGAUCUUUCUAUUACUUUGACAAAUCUUAAAGUUCUUUGGUUUAACAAAAAUUGUAUCUCUCGAGCAGAAGAACCUUCUCUUAAUUACUUCAACGAACUGACCUUUUACCGAUCUGCCCAAUAACGAGCUUGUUACCCUCACAUCAGCAUUUUUUUUCACCACAAUUAAAAGUUCACUCAAUUAAUUAUUCAUUCAAGAAUUUAUCGUUCGAUGUUAGCGCCACCAUACGGAAUAGAAAAUAACUUAUUUUCGAAAUGAAAAUUUUUUCUAUUAAUGAUGUUUACUAAUUAUCUUGUUCGUGGUUUCGUUGAUUAUCAUUAAGUUUUCCACUUUUAUGAUUAAUUGUGUAUAUUGUUUGUUUCUUUAAUCGUCACCUAAACAAUGGUUAUCGAUUGAAUUACUUAUCCAAUAAAUAAUCUAAUCCUUCUGAUCUCAAAUAACUGAUACGUUUGAUCAAAUUACUAAAGUUGUUUCUUCCCUGGUGCUUUUAUAUUUGGCAUAAUUUCGUUGAGAACUCGGAUCUUUAGGGUUCCUAUGUGAUAACCCUUUUUCCCUCUACAUGGUUAAUGAUUAGCGAUGAAAUGUAUUGACAUUUUAAUUGCCGUUCUUGUUAUUUUUUCCUUCACCUCAUUUACUGACCAGUCCAAUGGUAAUUACCUAGGCUGCAACCGUGGAUCUAGUGACCAAGACUGUGAUCAACGGUCAGUUGAUUCAAUUUGCCGUUACGAUGAAUAUUCUUGUACAGACAACAGUCAAUGUAUUCCCGUUGAAUACCAAUGUGAUGCUCAACCCGAUUGCAGGGAUUUCUCCGAUGAAAUUGGAUGUUCUGGACCGACAAUCCUCAAGAAUCCGCCCGAGAGUCACAUCUCUGUUGAAGGUUCAAAUGUAACAAUAACAUGCCGAGCAUUUGGUAAACCAUUACCUGUAAUUACCUGGCUUUUCAAUGGAAAAGCUAUUGAGAUAACCCCAAGAAUUACCUGGACCAAUCAUGAUGGUUUCGGGCUACUCACCAUUAGGUCAGUUAAUCUUGAUGACCAAGGUUAUUGGACUUGUGUUGCCAGUAACAGUAAAGGUACAAUUAAAGGUAACAAUGAUUGUAGAUUAACAAUCAAGUCUCGAUCCAGUUCAUGUUAUCCCCCAUACUACAAUGAUCAAGCUAAAUCACAAUUUGAUUGCCUUCGUUGUCAUUGUUUUGGUAUAACCGAUACUUGUUAUAGUAGUUCAUUGAAAAUUACUCAGAUACCAUUGACAAGCGAUGCAACAAUUACAGUCCUAAGACAGGUAAACAAUGAUUCUUACAUAAACAUUGGUUACACUUAUCCACCAAAUCAACGAGCAAUUAACUACAGUCCAUCAACGAGAGAGUUUAAAUUCACCAAUGAAGCAAUUGAUGCUAAUACACCUGAUGAUGCCUUCUUUUAUUGGAGUUUACCUAAACCCUUUCUUGGUAAUCAGCUUAACUCUUAUGGUGGUUUUUUAAGAUUUAUGUUCAGAUAUCGGUCACCAUUUGCCCCUCAUGAUCCAGAUCUAUGGGAUGUUAUAAUUUCUGGCCAUGGGAUAACUUUAUAUUACGAUGUGAUAGAUGGACACAGUUCAAUUGAAGAUAAUAAAGUUGAACUAAGAUUUUGGGAAAAUCUUUGGACCAAAGGUGAAUCCAACCUGAGGAAACGUUGGUCGAAACGUCAAUUGGCCAAUCGAGCUGAUAUAAUGCAAGUUCUGGCCAAUAUUGAUUACAUUUAUAUUCGUGCCAGUUACGAUGAGGUUUUCCUUGAGUCCAGUAUCCUUAAUCUAAGAAUGGAAACAAGUUCAUAUCGAAAUUCAUCUGAUUCAGAUGAUGCAUUUUUCGUUGAGAAAUGUUCCUGUCCUGAAGGUUAUCUAGGUAAUUCUUGUGAGACUUGUGCUCCUGGUUUUAUAAGACAUCAUGAUGAUCUUUGGCUUGGAAAAUGUGUACGAUUAAGUUUAGCCUGUUCUUGCCAUGGACAUACAGUUAAAUGUGAUGAAUUGUCUGGUCGAUGUAUUGAUUGUGAACAUAAUACCGAAGGUUUUAAUUGUGAACGAUGUGCUCGAGGCUAUUACGGUAAUUCAACUUUAGGCCAUGUAAAUGAUUGUCAACCUUGCCCUUGUCCUUAUAUUAACCCUUCCUUUCAACUGGCCAGUUUGUGGACUGCAGGAUUCCCACCUCAAUGGUUCUCACCUACAUGCUACUUAGAUACAGAUAACGAUGUAACUUGUAGCUCAUGUCCACUUGGUUUUGAGGGUCGACGAUGUGAGAAAUGUGCCCCAGGCUACAUUGGAGAUCCGAAUAGUUUAGGAGGAACGUGUAAACCAUUAGGCUGUGGUUUAGGAUUUUUUCCUUGUACCGACGGAAAGUGUAUCAAUGAAAGCUUACGUUGUGAUGGUGUUCCUGAUUGUUUGGAUAAUUCUGAUGAAAAUUAUUGUGUUUUUGUAGCCCCUAAUUCACGGAGUAGACACAAAGUGUCAACAAUGGCAACAACAAUCAAUGUUGACGGAACAAUUGAAGAAAUUGAUGAAGAGGAUGAUUUAAUUAACUAUAACGAUACACUAAAUGAGAUUAAUAUUCUAGUCGAUUCAAAUAUCGAUAUUAAUUGUCCAGGAUUAGAAAAUCAUAUCAAUGUAACUUGGGCUUACGAGAUGAAUAAUAAGGAAACCAAUUUACCCGUCGGUGUUGAUGUUGUUGAGAAUCAGUUAAGGAUAAGAGGGAUUCAAGUAAAUCAUUCAGGUCGAUAUGUUUGCAAAGGUCACUCUCUUUUCGGUAAUAUGGAUUCCAAUUUCAUCAGUCUCAAUGUUAGAGAUUCUCCAGCAAUUAAAUUGAAAAUUGUUGCAAAUCAGAAAAACAUUGACAUUGGUGAUUCGUUGCGACUUGAUUGUCAAUUGACUGGAGUUAAAGAGACGAUUGUUGUUUGGUAUCGUUUAGGUUUACCUUUACUCCCGUCACAUGUUGAAGUAAUUAAGGGACAAUUAACUAUCGAAAGUGUAUCUCGAGACGACGGAGGAGUUUAUCGAUGUCAAGCUCACACUUUGGAUGGAAUAAUUAAUAGAGAUUAUUCAUUAUCUAUUCAUGCUGUUAAGCGUCGAGUUACCGCUGGUUCGAGUAUCACUUUAAAAUGUCCAAAAAAAGUUAAAGAAAAUCAGCCGAUCACAUCAACCGUUUGGCUAAAACAAGGUUCAAGUCUUUCCAAUUGGAGUACGAUUGAAGGUUCAACGUUAAAGAUUAAAAAUGCUCAAGCAAUUGACUCCGGACUGUAUAUAUGUAAAGUGACCAGUGAAUCGGUGACCACCGAGUGUCAAAUAGCUCUUCAUGUAAUCGGUAUUGUCGCUGGUUUUCCCGAAGAGGGUAAAGCUUACAUUACCCUUCCACCGAUUCCAGAGGCAUAUUCUGAAUUUGAUAUUGAACUUACUCUUCGUCCUGACCAAGCUGAUGAUGGCCUUAUUUUAUUCAGUGGUCAGUUACCUGAUAAAGGUGAUUUCAUAUCACUUGGUUUACAUGAUUCGUAUCUCAAUUUUAAAUUUGAACUUGGUUCUGGUGUAGUAACUAUGAGAUCACCUAUUCCAUUGUCAAUUGGUUCUUGGCAUGUGAUUCACAUUUAUCGUUCUCGUCGUGAUGCAACCCUAACAAUCAAUUCAACCAUUGAAAUUAAAGGUCAUUCACGAGGUCGUUUCAUUGGUCUUGACCUGAGAGAAUCUCUUUACAUUGGAGGAGUUCCUAAUUUCUCUUUAAUACCAACAAUCGUUGACCACCGGAAAGGAUUCAUCGGUUGUAUCUCAUCUUUUAAAAUUCGUAACGUUGAACAAAGUCUAAUGACUCGACCAAAUAAUUUCCUCAAAGGAGUUAAACCUUGUGAAACUUGUUCUUCCUCUUUUUCAUCAGUUUCUCCCUUAUCAUCCUCUUCAUCUUCAUCUUCAUCUUCUCUAUCCCAUUGUCACAAUGGUGGUCAUUGUUUUGAAUCUCAUGAUAGUCCAAGUUAUCGUUGUAUCUGUUCACCAGGAUUCAAAGGUUCUCAGUGUUCCUGGAUUGGUCAAUCAUGUUAUUCCGGCUAUUGUGGUCCUGGAAUUUGUAUUGACCAUGUUAACUCAGGAGUGACCUGUCAUUGUCCGAUGGGCUUUGAUGGUGAUCAUUGUGAACGAUCAAUCAAAAUAAAACAGCCUUUGUUUACUGGACAAUCGUUUGCCGCUUACUCGGUCCCCAAUGGGUCAGUUGAAAAGUUCAAAAUAAGCCUUAAAAUAAAAGCCACUAGUCUAGAGGAUUCUGUGAUUGUCUACACUGGACAAGAUGUCGCUGGUUCAGAGGAUUUUAUCGCCAUCAUCCUAAGGAAACAAGUGAUUGAAUUUAUCUUUGACACCGGUUCAGGUCCAGCGUAUAUAAGGUCACCUAAUUUGGUUCUAAAUGAUGUUUGGCUUAACAUUCAAGCCGAACGAGAAGAUAAUGAAGGAACAUUGAUUGUCGGUGAUUCUAAACCAAUUAAAGGUCGAUCUCCAGGUCAAACUAAAGGGAUAAAUACUCGUCUUCCCUUGUAUGUUGGUGGAAUUGAUUUGAAAAAAGUUCGAUACUCGAAACAAAUCAUGGAAAGAUAUCAUGGAUUCCAUGGCUGUAUUUCUCAGUUAAUUGUUAAUGGUCAAGAGAUUGAUAUGAUUAAUGAAACAAUCAUCGCAUCACAAGUGAAAGAUUGUGAUUCUAAUUAUUCUCGUUCAUUAUUAUCACCCUGUCACAAUGGUGGUUCCUGUUUACAAGAAAAUGGUACAUCCAAGUGUAUUUGUCCACCAGGAUUUACAGGAAUUGAUUGUGCCAUUACCAUGAGUUAAAUUGUAGGAAAUUCCCAUCGGAUGACAACCAAACAAAGAAUCAAAUGUUUUGAUUAACAAACGAAAUGAAACCAAAAAAAAAACACCAAACUUGAUACAAUAUAAUCACCAUUUU